AGAUGGGUGCCGGCCAUCUUUAAAAUCGGAAAGUGCGUUAGACGAUGAGAGCGCUCGCAACGCCACCUUCCGGUUAGUUCGAGUCAUCGUAUCCGUUCAACCGCGGAUCGUUCGGUCAACCGGUCACGGGACUCACUCAUCAGCUAAAGACUUUAAGUGCUUAUUUCAUUCGGUCAACCAUUCAUUCAUUCUUCAUUUCAUUCAUUCAUGUCAUUGUAACUGUCAACUUCAAGUUGUAAACAUCGAUCUGUAUUGAUUGUUAUUUAUAAUCUCAUAUUCAUUUGAAUGGAUUUAAAUUGUUUCAAGUUAAAUUCAGAGUGAGUUGAAAGUGUGUAAACUAAUCAUAUUCAUUCAUUAAUAGGAAAUAAAUACUCGUAAGUAUUUGUAACAAUGUCUCAAGUUAGUUCAAGGUCAUAUUAAAAAUACGUCAACGUCAAAUUAUAGGUUAUCAUUCGAUCGCGGAGAUUGAGUUGUUGUAUUUCAAGUAGAUUGAGACAUUGUUAUUAUUGUAAACAAAGGAAUGCAGCUGUGUUCAAGGAAUGCACGCGUCAUCAAACUCAGAGAUUGCGUGUCAGAAUAAGGAUGUUGUUCAAGGAACAACGCAGCAGCCACUUGGAGCAAUGCGGCAGUCACUUGGAGUGUUGCCUGUUGCCGACCAGGAGUUGCUGGCCGAGCAGUGGAGUGAAGCAGGAUGUGCCACCUGCGGUGAAUGGGGGAGCAGAUAUCUGUGCAUCUGGUCAGGCGCGGAGGCCGACGCCAUCAGCAAUGGUCCUGGCAGUGGACCAGGAACCGAGUAUCAGGUGAAUCUGUUACCGUAUUACGCUCAUGCUGCUCGAGUGAUAGCAGCGUUCAGUAGUGUGUCCGAGAUUGUCGGACCACUGGUGUUCUCGAAGCGGAGGACCUGGUCAAGGAACGCAGGUGCUUAUUUCUGGUGCCUAUGCUGUCAUUGUGCACUGGAUUGUAUGGAGCGCGACUGGUGCGCUUAUUGUCAGUUGUUGGCGCAUAGCUCAUUGCUGAACGACGGGAGCAGAGGUCACGUCACGCCACGCCACGUCAAGUACAUCAAUAAGUCAAACCAGGGAAAGCGGUCACUCAAUUCAAAUAGGUAAUCAUUAUCAGGCUCUAGUUCCGGAGGAGGAAACUUAGAGGACGAGAAGAGCGAGGCCUUCUCACAAGUCGAAUCAGUAGGUCAGCUGAUCGGCUAGUUAUAUAACGCGACCUGGGGUAGGUACGCGCGCGCAAGGAGCGCUAUCAAAUGUUUCAUUCGUUAGAUCUAUGGGAUAGAUAGUCAAUGGUCAAUGUGUGAAGCACACUUGAAUAGUCAAUUAUGUUCAAUUUCAUAAUUAUGUAUUCAUCAUUAGCGUAGUAGCUAUCUGUAUGAGUUAGCAAGGAAAUACCUUGUAGCAAGCAAGCUUGAGGAUUUGAUUGGAUUGUCAUAAGACUCAGGAUGUGGACAUCCUUCUGGGAAAAUAUGUGUUCAAUUAUAUUUCACUGUUUCAAGGAUACUCACUGACAUUCCAGGUGUUGAGAACGACAGCACCUGCUUCGGCCAAGUCUGAUGGAAGUCAUGCAGACUCGUCCAUCAUCAUCAUCAGCGUAGCAGGAGGACUUCAGUCAAGGACAGCAGUCUCCAUGCGGCCUGACUCGAGGGAGUCUUGGAAGUUGGAAGGUGGAACCGUCCGUAGGACAGACGGAGCACCCCAGCAGACCACGAAAGAGAAAGGUCGUAUACUUUCAUUAUUAAAGGCUUGCCUAGAGGCAAAGAUAUGGACAGCUGCCGCUGCUGGCAGACAGACCCAGCUUGGCGAUCCCAAAGCCCUCGCCAUACUCUAGAUUCAUUCAUUGGAGGCGGAGCUUACCUAGAACCCAGUUUAUCGCAGAACAGGGACAGUUCAUGUGAGAGAUGAACUACUGAAGUGUGUGUAUGUUGUGGUCAGAUUAUGUCAGUCAUCAUCGAAUGUCAAGGAUGUCAGAAAUGGAUAUUUGCAACGUAUGUUGCUGCCGCUAAGUCAAGCAAUGGAAGUAUAUUCGAUUGCCGAGGGAGCGACGAAUAUGUACUCCGUUCUACAUUCACUAGCGACGGAAUCGUGAGGACACGAACCAUUGGAUCAUAUGUUCACGAAUACCUACAAGGAAGUUGUAAGGUUUUGGGACAUAUUGCAUUCGCGUGGGAGGACGGCUGCGGAAAUGCAAUCAGCUGUUGGUACAGCAGGUUCAUUGAACUCAGUAGGUCACGACUCAAAUAGGAUCGUCAUGUUUCAAAUGGGACCUUGCCCAUUUAUAUUAAUAUUUCAGCAUAAUCAUUUUGGAUUCGUCGAUGCGACGUCAGAUUUAUCGUGUAGUCUGCGAUUGUAUGUCAUAUUUCAGAUUCAAUGCUACAGUUCAAACCCGCUAAUGGCAGAUUUGACCUUCUACUAGUUUAGAGUAGUCGUAUCAAUAUGCUCACUCAGUCAAAGCUUAAAAUUGUAUUUUUCAUGUGUUUAGAUACCGGGAAAGUACAUCUCAGGCUAGUGUCGCCGCUGAGCUUUGAGGUUGUCGCUGUGGUGUUCACACGGUUUGUCAUUCGACGAGGGUGCCCACCCUUCGUCGCAUCAAUACAGGUACAAGGUUCAAUUUAAUUUAUUCGUUCACUAUUAUUCUUAAUUACUUUCAAUGCCAGAAUGUCCUUGUAAGGACACUAGAAUGUUCGUCACGUUUUCAACUCAACUCUCAUUCCAAGCUAUUUUCAACUGAUUCUGUAAUCAAUUAUAAUUGCUUCAAUUAUUUCAAUGUUAACAUAAAGGUGUGCUCAUAUGACUUAUGUUAAUUUUCAAUGUGUGUUCAUGAACUAUGAACUGUCACCCCUUCCUAAGCAUAGAAGCUAUGUUAAUUAGAGAUUCAAGGGUGCUAGAAUAUCUUGUCAAAUUAGUCAAUUUGGAAUUCAGAGCGGUAAGACUAAACCGACUCAUUUUCAACUUUUAUGUAUUAGCUAUAAAGUAUAGUACCUUGUAAGGAAUAGUUCAUAAGUAAUUUCUUUGGUUUCAUUGCUCAAUGUUUAUGUAUGUUUCAUUGCUCAUGUUAAGUAUGUUCUUCAUUCAAUGGUAGAUCGAUUUCAUUUUUCAAUUAGUUUCAUUGAUAAAUUCAAUUGUUUGUAAUCAUUACUAGGUACUGAUUGCUCUAUCAUGUGUCAACUUGGUCACUUUAUAUUAUGUCAUUUGUUUAUGUGAUCAUCAUCAUUGUAUUAUCAACAAGUUAGGGUAACUUUUGAUAAAUGCUCAUGUAAUCGCUCAACUUUCGGGGCCGCCCCGCAGGAAUGUUCACGCCAAAUCAACGAGAAUCCAUGGCUCGUUGUAAUUAAAAGGUAUAAGUAAAGUCAGUCAAUUCAUUCGUUCAUUCAUUCGUUGCAAUGGACAUUCAUACUCCCCGUCGCAUCGCCCUCUUCUAUUCGAUUCCUCGUCGCGAGCGGACGCGUGCCCGGGGCGCGGGUCGGAGCUGACGGGUCAAGUCAGCUCCGCCAUUUUGUCCUCAGUAUAAUUGUCUUACAUUAUGCCGCGGCGGCCCUUAGUUAACAAGUCAGUAGUUUACGUAUUAAAAUAAGAUGUAUCGCUAGAGUUAAGUUCAGUUAAUAUAAUAGUUCAGUAAAUUCAGUGCCUUUCAAUAACGACGUCACGUGGUCCUAACCCUGAACGGGUUCUA